AUGGCUCUCGUUCAAGACGAUUCUCUCUCCACCGAAGAAGAAACUCUCACCCUCAAGCUCCACGAGAUUCUCACUGACUCCGACAACGAUGUCGGACAAUUCUGUUUCAAGGAAGAAACCAUAGAAAAGCUAAUGCAAGAGCUUUACAAAGAAAUAACGGCCUCCCCAACAUCCCCUAAACCACCUUCCCCGAAUCCCACACUAUUCUCCUCAUCCUCAAAUGCCUCUCUGGUGGUGCAGGUAGACCCGCAAGAUGGGUCUAUGGGGCUUGAAGUUGGCCAUGAUCAGAAGACUGAUGAAGGGGAUUUCGAUGAGGAGUGGCUGGCAAGGGUCCUUGGUUGGAGCCAGGGUCAGGUUCUCGACACCACUGACUGGUUUUGA